GCGCUUAACCGGUGCGCGUGGUCCAAGCUGUCGCGUCGCUCUCUCCCGAGGAGAAGAGAUCGAAGUGUUGUGUGAUCCAGGAUCUAGCAGAUCAAGUAAAUGACAAUGCGGUGCCGAGUGUCAUCGCUCGCCGUCGUGUUGCUGAUCGUCCUUCUGGACGGCGCGAUUGGCAAGCUGCGAAUCGCUUAUCAAUGGAAGCAGAUUGACUACGAGUGGCCAAGCAACGACACCAAGAGGCUCUUUCCGGAUUACAAGCAGGAGGAUAAUUUACCUUUGGGUCUGGAGGUGACCAGCGAUCGGAUCUUCAUUACGGUACCGAGAUGGAGACAAGGAGUUGCUGCCAGCCUCAAUUAUAUUAGACGCAAUGACACACGCGAAUCGCCGUCCCUCAUCCCUUAUCCUUCUUGGGAAGCCCACCAGUACGGCGCGGCUGGCGUGCCCGAGAUUGUUUCGACGUUUCGCGUGCGCGCCGAUCGUUGUAAUCGGCUGUGGGUCCUGGACACGGGGCUGACGGACAUCCUGGGCACCCCCGAGCAGCAGGCGCCGCCGGCGUUGAUCAUCUACGACCUGACGAACGAUCGCGUGCUACGCAAAUACGUGAUACCGCCCGACCAGAGAACCGCCGAUUCUCUGUUCGCCAAUAUCGCCGUCGAGGACUAUUCGUGCGAGGACUCGUACGGCUAUCUGGCCGACCUAGGCGGCCCAGGACUCAUCGUGUACUCCUGGAGCCUCCAUCAGUCCUGGAUCGUCAGGCACCACUCUUUCCAUCCGGAUCCGUUGGGCGGAGACUUCAAGGUAUCGGGAAUAUCGUUCCAGUGGAACGAUGGUCUCUUCGGGAUGGCUCUAGCUCCGACCGGUGAUGGUUACAGCACCAUGUACUAUCAUCCACUCUCUAGCGGCAUGGAAUUUUCUGUCAGCACAAGAUUCCUGCGCGAUUCUCGACGCGUCAAUUCCGCAGAAACGUCUCAUGAUUUCCAAACACUGGGUUCGCGUGGGCCAAACGGUCAAAGCAGUGUCAGCUUUCUGGAUCCGAAAACAGGAAUCCUCUUCUACGCACUUACUAAUCUGAACGCCAUUGCCUGCUGGAGACCGCAAAAUAAAUUCUUUAUACAACAGCAAGGUUACGUAUAUCAAGACAACAUCACCAUGAUUUUCCCCAAUGAUCUCAAGAUCGAUCGAAACGGGAAUCUGUGGAUCCUCUCGGACAAGCUACCCAUUUUUAUGUACUCGCAUUUGGAUCUACAGGAUUAUAACUUCAGAAUACUCACAGGAUCGGCCGAAGAGCUUAUCAUGGGUACGGUAUGCGCGAUGAUGCACGAUCACAGAGAUUACAUGGGUCACAGAGAUCACAUGGAUCAUAUGGAUCACAUGGAUCACAUGGAUCACAGGAAUCACAUGAUGAGCACAACGCCCAGGAUUACCGGGAGAAUCAACUCUGCUACUACCAUGAAAAUCGAGUCUAUUCUCGUGACAAUGAUACUGAUAAUGUGCCUAUUCGAAGCUCUUAUCUUGAUAACGUUGGACACAAAUUCUCCCGCAACAUCAUCGAAGUUUCUUCUACUUUUACAAAGGCAUUACUUGAUCAACCGAUAUUAUAUAAAGCACAUCAAACACGGAUACGUUAAGAUAGAACACGGAAAUAUUGUCGCGGCGUUGAAUUGCAAAAUCAGAAAUAUCUUCAAUAUGCCGAAAACUAGCACGGUGCCUGGCUUGGCUUAUUUGCCGGCUAGAGAAAAUCCGAGCAAAACCGCAGCGGGUUUUCUUCAAGCCAGAAGAAAGAUUGAUAAUGCGGAAGGAUUAUGGAGGAUUGGAAAUCGACUUUACGAUUUAGAGAAUUUCGCGAAAUUACAUCCGGGAGGCGCGGAAUGGAUUGAGCUCACGAAGGGAACCGAUAUUACCGAAUUGUUCGAGAGUCAUCACAUCACCGAAAGGGCUGAGCGACUGUUACCGAAAUACUACGUUCGCGAAACGACGACGCCGCGGUCGGUAUCACUGACCUUCCUUCCGGACGGCUUUUAUCGUACAUUCAAAAAGCGCGCAUCCGAGGCCUUGAAGAGCGUCGAUUUCCAUCGGCCGUCCAUGACGACAAAUCUUAUUACCGAUUCCUUAGUGAUCGCGACUUUCGCGCUAAGUCUCACCAGCGCCCUUACUCAUUCUUACGCUGCUAUCGUCCUCGCCAGUAUUUUCUUGACAUGGACCACUGUCGCGGCGCACAAUUAUUUCCACAUGAGAGACAACUUUCGUAUGUACUACUUUGAUCUUAGUAUGAUUUCUUCGAAGAAUUGGCGCAUCACGCACGUGAUGAGCCACCAUAUGUACACCAACACCAUGUGGGAUUACGAGAUCUAUGUGGCCGAGCCGUUCUUGCAGUGGAUUCCCGACAAGAAUAAAUCUUACUUAAUAGCGAUGAUAAGCAGGAUUAUCAGCCCUAUUGUCUGGAUGUUAUUGUUCACUACUGAAGGCUUAAAGCGAUACUAUUCAGUAUUCAAAGAAUAUCGAAUCUUUGAAUUUCGUGACUUGGUGCCGUUUGUGCUGCCUUUGUCGAUGUGUUUCUUCGCGCCGAAGAUUCUUAUCGCCUUCAAGUUGUGGCUGAUAAUGAUUCUGUUGAGUAGCGCUUUGUUCGGCUUGAUUGGUUUUAACGCGGCUCAUCAUCAUCCCGAUAUCUUUCACGACGGCGAUAUUUACAGGGACGACUUGGACUGGGGUCUACUCGAGUUGGACUCCGUGCGUGAUCGCGAGAUAAUCGAUGACUCGAUCUUCCUGGCGCUCACCAACUUCGGCUCGCACACGCUUCACCACCUGUUGCCCACCGUAGACCAUCACUAUCUACACCUGUGCGUGCCUGCCUUUCUGCAAACGUGCAAGGAAUUCCACGUCAGUUCCGACAAGUGGACGCAGUGGGAGCUUCUUAAGGGACAAUUCAAGCAGCUCACGCGAACUGAUGCGAAGAAGAAUCAUAGGUAGCUUCGAAGCAGCAAUCUUAAAUUUACGAAUCUCAAAGUCUCUGAAGAAUCUUUUAGAGAAAUCUUUUAGAAUCUCUCAUGUAAGAAAUUUUGACGGAGUAGCAUAAGUACAAAUGUAAUCACUGAAAUUGAAAUUUCUCAAGGUAAUAAAGAUUAACAAUAUUAAUUAGCACAA